CAAGAGUGUGAUGGACAGCCUGCAGUCCAUCAGAGACAAGAGACAGACUCUGCAGAGCCGACAGCCUGUCCUCGUCACGAACCUGAACGAACGAAAGAGCAGACUGCAGCAAACACUCACGAGCCCCGCCUGCUCAAACUGCCAGCCCCUCUCCCUCUCCGCAGACAAGCUGCAGAUAGAGGCAGACUACAGCAAGAUUUCCAGUGUGGACAGCGAGUUGAACAAUAUGAGAGACAUCGCUGCUUACGAUCUGCAGGGUCAGAUUGAAAAGGGAAAGGAAACAUUCAAGAACGUCCCUCAAAUGGUCAUCAACGAGACCAGCUCUGCAGUACAGAGUAUCAAGGCGGCUCUGGAUGGGAUUCAGCCUGAGCUGGACAGACUCCCCUUCCCUUCCCUGAGCUCAGCCACGGCUACCAUCACCACCAUACAGCUGGAACUCAGGAAGCAGGGCCAAGAGGUGCAGAGAUACGACUACAUCAGGUGGAAUGUAUCCAUUGUCCUGUGCUGUAUGAUCCUGCUCAUUGUGCUGCUGAAUUUCCUGGGCCUGGCGUUCGGGAUUGGGGGUGUGUGGUCACGGCAGGAUCCCGGCAAGCCAAACUGCCCAUCCAGCUCGGGAGCAAACCUCCUCAUGGCGAGUGUUGGGUUCAGCUUCCUCUUCUCCUGGCUCCUGAUCCUGCUGGUUUUCGUCAUUUUCUUCGUCGGGGGGAACGUGGAGACCAUCUUCUGCAGGAACUGGAAGAACCAGGAGCUGUUCAAGUUUGUUGACACGCCAGGAAACCUGCCCAGCAAUCUGGACGUCACAAACGCCUUCGGGAUCAAAUUCAACACCAGCGCUGUUUACAAUGGCUGCAAGGCUGGUCAGUCUCUCUACACAGUUCUCAAUCUGGACCAGCAAUUUAAUCUGCAGAAGUUUCUGGAUGUCAGUAAGCUCUCUGCAGAGUUCACUGUGAAGCUGGGCUUGCUGAGUGUGGAUCUCAGUGGCGUGCAGCUGCUGUCUGACGAGGGCCGAAAGAAAGUGCAGGAGUUCAGAGAUGUCAACAAAAUCAACAACUCCUUCAAUAGCACAGAGUUAAAUAAAAGCCCAGUGCAAACCGACCUCCUGGUGUUUGCAGCCCAGCUGGAGAAAAAGGCAUCAGAGCAGGUGGAUCCUCUGGUAAAAAACAACUUGACAGACGAAGCCCAAAAACUGAGAGACUUGCAGAGAGACGUCGUAGACUUGCAGAUAAACGACGUGGCAGAAUUGAAUGCCAGCCUUAACACCCUGUCCUUCACCAGAAAGGACCUGCAGGGUCACGCUGAUAAAACCUUAAGCAGCCUCGAUACUGUGAAGAGCAAACUCAAGACCGAUCCACUUGCCAUUACAACAAAGCUGUUCCUCUGUUUUCUCGAUAAAGCCUUGGCCAGUUUGCAGCAGUACCUGGACUGGGUUUUGAAAAUGGUUGUUGAGUUGUUGAGUUGUCAGUCUCUGAUUGUCUCCCUGGAUAACGUCUACACCAUCAGCUGUGAGAAUGUACUGAACCCCUGGAAUGCGUUUUGGUUGAGUCUGGGCUGGUGCACGUGGUGUGUGUGUGUCUCAGUGUCUCAGUGUCUCGUCUCUCUCUCUGUAUUUCAGAAUGCGUUUUGGUUGAGUCUGGGCUGGUGCACGUGGUGUGUGUGUGUCUCAGUGUCUCAGUGUCUUGUCUCUCUCUCUGUAUUUCAGAAUGCGUUUUGGUUGAGUCUGGGCUGGUGCACGUGGUGUGUGUGUGUCUCAGUGUCUCAGUGUCUCGUCUCUCUCUCUGUAUUUCAGAAUGCGUUUUGGUUGAGUCUGGGCUGGUGCACGUGGUGUGUGUGUGUCUCAGUGUCUCAGUGUCUCGUCUCUCUCUCUGUAUUUCAGAAUGCGUUUUGGUUGAGUCUGGGCUGGUGCACGUGGUGUGUGUGUGUCUCAGUGUCUCAGUGUCUUGUCUCUCUCUCUGUAUUUCAGAAUGCGUUUUGGUUGAGUCUGGGCUGGUGCACGUGGUGUGUGUGUGUCUCAGUGUCUCAGUGUCUUGUCUCUCUCUCUGUAUUUCAGAAUGCGUUUUGGUUGAGUCUGGGCUGGUGCACGUGGUGUGUGUGUCUCAGUGUCUCAGUGUCUCGUCUCUCUCUCUGUAUUUCAGAAUGCGUUUUGGUUGAGUCUGGGCUGGUGCACGUGGUGUGUGUGUGUGUGUGUGUCUCAGUGUCUCGUCUCUCUCUCUGUAUUUCAGAAUGCGUUUUGGUUGAGUCUGGGCUGGUGCACGUGGUGUGUGUGUGUGUCUCAGUGUCUCAGUGUCUCGUCUCUCUCUCUGUAUUUCAGAAUGCGUUUUGGUUGAGUCUGGGCUGGUGCACGUGGUGUGUGUGUGUGUCUCAGUGUCUCAGUGUCUCGUCUCUCUCUCUGUAUUUCAGAAUGCGUUUUGGUUGAGUCUGGGCUGGUGCACGUGGUGUGUGUGUGUGUCUCAGUGUC